GCAAACACUUCUGAUGUGUUGAUAUUCAGAGCUGCAUCAUGCAUGUGUUCAGGAUCUGGCGUGCGCUGUGUGUGCUUGGCUUUGUGCAUGCAUCUCUGAGUGUGAAUGAAGUUGAGUAUGAAGGAAACUACGCUGACAAUUAUGACAACGAGAUCUCCCAGGACCUUCAGGAGGGAGAAACUCCAGCCCCUCCAUGCCAGGCUGCAGAUUUCUCCCGCUGGGACAAACUCUUCAUCGCCCUGGAGGACUCCCACAUGAGGCAGAAUAUGCUCCUGGACUCUCUGGAGCAGUGCUGUGGAGGAAUGCACUCAGUCAGGACCCAGGUGGAUAAACUGGUUAAAGGGACGUCCCAUCAGUGUCCAUCCAGCCUGGAGUCAGCAUGCAGGGCGCAGGUGGAGCAGGCGAGUACCAGGCUGCAAAGAGGCUUUGUAGAACUGCAGGAAGAGGAAGAGGAGCGGGAGAGGAGGCUGAACACCACUUUGCAGCAGCUCCUGCACAGUAACCAUGAAGGGAACACUCGGCUGAAGCGUCUGGAGGAAGUUAGCGGCCUCAGAGCCAGGCCAUCGGGAGCGACAGACGGCAGAGUGGGACACCAACCCACGCAGAGACCUGGAGGUUUGGGUACAGCGUUUGGCUUGGGUAUGAAGUCGUUCCCAUCCGGACUCAAAGAGCAGGAGGUGAUUUCAGCAUUCGACAUGGUCACUAUGGAAAAGGCCUUGGUUGCUAUAGCGACAGAGCUGCAAAGGGUUCACCUGCAGCUGAGCAGAGUGAUCGAGCAGGUGGGAACACAGAGGAAGAUCAGAGGUGAAUCAUGAAGGGGGAGUAAAGAACUG